AUGACCAAUUUGUUGGCAUUGAACAGGCAAAGCUACCGGGAUCAUUGUCUCAUUGUGAUUGGUCCCGGAACUCUUGCUGAGGAGGUCUUGGCGAAAAGGCGGCUAAAUGCAGGCGGUCGACUUUUACAUGUUCUUACAGAUCAAAAUGAUCAAAACUCUGAAGAGCGUGUUGUGGUCAAAGCCUUUCAGGACUUGGAGGGUUGCUUUUUCUGGCAGCCCCCCAAGAGGAAAUCCACUGCAUUUGCCCAGCGUUUGCGCCGUGCCUUCCGCACACACUGGUCGAGCACCGGCCCGGAUUCCUUCGAAUUAAAACCGAAGGAAACCUUGGAGAUUCUCAUGACAGGUGGACGGAUGCAUCACAUCCGUCUUUUCGAUGCAAAAGGCUGUAUUGAGGCCGAAAUGUCAGGGGAAAUUGUACUGAAACCGGAUAUGCAGCUGGCUCAGGACUUUGAUGUCCAGGUGAUGAAUCCAGACUUGAAAUCCUGUGGGACGUUUUCUUUGCGUUGGAUGAUCUUGUCCAUUUUGCUCCUACUUCUAUGGCAUACGCUUCGACAGGUUGUCUCUAUUCAUUUUGAACUGCAUGCUGAAACUGGGGACUUUCCAUGGUGGAGGGCCUUGUUGACGGGGAUCAACAGCGCAGUGUUUUGCGGCGUUGGUCUAGGUGAGUGCGUCUCCCUCAGUUUUGCUGGCUUGCCACCCACAUACUUAAGUCACUGUGUAGGCAUCUUCGCAGGGACUCUGGUCUGUUCUGGAUUGAGUGCGCUUCACGCGGCAGAUGUGGUUUCAUCAAUCGUGGGUGGACUGGUUCUUGGUGCUGUGGGCUCAGGCAUUUUGUAUGUUCGAAGUGGACGCACAUUUCCUGAACGCCGCUGGCCCUCAUGUUUAGCCUUUGCUUUGGCAAACAUCACAGGAACAGCUGGCCCUGGAUUACUUGCAUCCGUCAUAAUUUGGACAUAUACUUUCCUGCUUGACACAGGUCUGAACAGCGCUGCCACUUUAUUCUUACCCAUUGCAACUGCCCUGUCUGAAACUCUAUGUGUCUUCUAUGCGAAAACCAUCUACUCAGCACUUGUGGUUGCAAAGCGGCCUGCAGUCCCUGGUGACACCGCCCUUGUGAAUAUGCCUUGGAUGUUGAUUGCAGCCCACGGCUGUGCAGAAUCAGCACGGAUGGUUGGCAUGUUUUCAAGUGCAGUCCGAGACGGUGAGUUCACCUGGGUGGGUGCUGCAUGCUUGACCUUCAUGCUGAACGUUCUUUCUCGCCUGGGAUGGCUGCGAUGGCUGGCCUUUCAGUUCCUGAAAAGAUCUUUUGGGGUUCGUACAGCAAGAGCCAUUGCAGCACCUACGGCUUGGUCCAAGCUUCAUGAUGAGGUCAAGAUCUAUGUGGGCUACAUCCGAUACAUCAUCCCCCUAGCCCUUGCAGCUUCCAGAGCCAUCUAUUACCAUGACAUAUCCUGGGAUGGACCCUACAUGCCCAUCUUCAGCUUCUCUGCCGGCUGUGCUUUACUUUGCAUUCUUCUUUUUGAAAUCUUGGAAGAUGUGGUGGUCAUCAACGAGUUCCUCCCAGUGAGCCCCAUUCCAAAGGAGGUGCUCGAGAGCCAACCGAGCCGCACAGACGAUCCCAGCAGCUUGGUCAGCGUGGAAGUUCGCCCCAUGAAGUCUGACGAGGCUGACGAGGAGCUUUGGCAACUGGAAGACUUUGACGCUGGAACUGCAACUGCAAUGUCCGUGCAUAAGCUGACUUCGAUCUGCCCUCAGCCCGAGAUGGUGGCAGUGCAUUCCAUCGGCAGUCGCCGAUUCUCCUGGCAUUCUCGGGUCCGUCGCGCGUUGGGACAGGAACGGGCCUUGUGCCCAUCACUGGUCCUCCAUGGCCUCAGAGAGAUGAGUUUCGUUUCCCAACUUUCAGCUAUCGCCUGUAUCAGCGAGUUUACUUUAGGUUUUCUACACACGGUGAUCGGCCCAGGCUACGCGCGUGGACUUUGUGAAACGGGCAACAACUUGCAACCGUUGUCAAUUUUGUGGUUGCCGGUUCCAAUUCAGUGCUAAGUUGCGGCGGGAGCCCUGCAAACUAUUUAAAUCUUUACAUUGAUAUCUCUUUAAGAACUUUCAGACUUUUAUACGGAAGUCGAGUGCUGUGGUGUUCAAGUAAAG